CGGGCCGAGCGCGCGGCAGCGGCGGCGGUGGCAGUGGCGGCGGCGGUGGCGGCGGCGGUGGCGGCGGCGAUGGGACCCCGGCGAGAGAUCUGCGGCUAGGCUGCUGCACUUGCUCCACGGGUCCGGCCUCGGAGGGCAGGACUGAAGAAUGUGCUGCUGAAAAAGGUGAAAGAAUAAACAAGAGAAAGAGAAGGACUUCCAAGCUGGGAAGAAUGACUUCUUGCAGCAAUGUCUGCGGGUCUAAGCAGGCACAGGCUGCUCCUGAGGGCAGGUACCAGCGCUAUGGAGUCCGGUCCUACCUGCACCAGUUUUAUGAGGACUGUACCGCUUCCAUCUGGGAGUAUGAGGAUGAUUUCCAGAUCCAGAGAUCACCUAACCGAUGGAGCUCAGUGUUCUGGAAGGUCGGACUCAUCUCAGGCACAGUCUUCGUGGUUCUUGGAUUGACUGUUCUGGCAGUGGGCUUUCUCGUGCCCCCCAAAAUCGAAGCUUUCGGCGAAGCCGAUUUUGUGGUGGUUGACUCACGUGCGGUCCAGUUUAACAGUGCCCUUGACAUGUGCAAGCUGGCAGGAGCCAUUCUCUUCUGCCUUGGGGGCACAUCCAUGGCAGGGUGCCUGCUGAUGUCAGUGUUUGCAAAAGGAUACUCCAAAGAAGAAAAAUUCCUUCAGCAAAAGUUUAAAGAACGAAUUGCAGACAUCAAAGCCCACACCCAGCCCAUUACAAAAGCUCCAGGCCCAGGGGAGACAAAGAUUCCAGUCACUUUGUCCAAGGUUCAAAAUGUGCAGCCUCUCUCAGCAACCUGAAGCUUUUCCCACUCCAGUGCUCCCCUCUCAGAGUUAGGCACAGUGUGAAAAGGAAUAGGCCAGUUUUUGAGGUAACAGGGAUUUGUUGUUGAGCCUCCCCAGGGCUGUGUUGGAGCUGGCAGCAGGAUGCACACAUGCUCAC